UGCGGCGGCCGCGAGUCCUCCGGCUCGCUGCGGCAGGCGGUGCGCGCGCGCCGCCGCCACUACAACGACAUCUACACCAAGCUGGACGCCGUCGCCGCGGCCCGUUCCACGGCACUGUACCGGGUGAAGGAAGGCCCGGUGAUCCCGGCGCCUCAGCCCAUCACGCGCCCGCCAGCUGGUCUGGCCUGCGCUAAGUGUGCUCCAUUGUCCAGGGAGUCAUGGCACGACCCAAAAGUGGCGGAGACAGAUGCAGUCAUCAACGUCAUGAACAUAGGCAGGCACACGUGUGCCAAUGGCGGAGUGUUCUCCAGAUACUUCUGCGACCAGGCGCAGUGCUUCAAACUGCUGAAGUACGACUAUAAGGAUGUUGUUCCUACGGUAAUAAAAGACGAAGGCUUCCAGAGUGCCAUAGACGAGGUGACGAAGCAGGAAGUCACCAAGGAGAUGCAGGCUAAAGACACGGGCGGCGGGGACGCACAGUACGCGGCGUUGUAUAGGAACAUCAGGAAGAAGGUCGAGGCUCGCGCCUUGAGGGUGCUGAAUAACAUCAGCUCCGCCAUGUCCAAUGCUGUGCUCAAAUUCGUAGCCUGGGUGUGUCACAAAGCCAUCCGCCGCAUCGCCGGCGGUGGUUGUGGUACCCGCAUGGCGUGUGUUGAACGCCUCCGUCGUGCUAAAGCAGCUGGUCUGCCGCUUAUCUUCGUGCCCCUUCAUCGCUCACAUCUGGAUUACAUCCUGGUCACCUUUACGCUGUACCUGACUGGUCUCAGGCCACCUUUGGUUGCUGCGGGAGACAAUAUGAGGAUACCGUUCUUUGGUUGGUUCCUCCGAGGUUGCGGCGCGUUUUUCAUCCGCCGUCGCGUUGAUGGCUCAGACAAACAUGGCGACCCGAUCUACAAGUCUGCACUCAGAUCUUACAUCCUCAACAGUUUAGCUGCAAACAAUAACCUGGAAUUCUUCAUUGAAGGAGGACGGACUAGGACCGGCAAACCUCAGCCACCGAAAGCGGGCAUCCUCUCAGUUAUAAUGGAUGCGUACCUAGACGGUACCAUAGACGACGCUCUUCUAGUGCCUGUAUCGUUGAACUACGACAAACUGGUGGACGGGAACUUUGUGAGAGAACAGCUGGGAAUGCCCAAACAGAUGGAAACCUUCUGGUCGGCUUUGAGGGGCAUUUGGAGCACUUUGAACACAAACCACGGCAGUAUUAGGGUGGACUUCAACCAGCCUAUUUCUUUGAAGGAACUGGUGACGUCCUUCCAAAAGUACAACUAUCUCAAGAUGCCUGUAGAGAGGCCUUUGACGCCGCCCAACAACAACAAUUUGGGCGUGGACCUCGACCACCGAAUCCUGUAUAACAACAGCCACUCCAGUCUGUUCGGUGCUGACGUUAGCGCGGAUCACAAGCUCAUGAUUGAGGCUAUUGGCAGGCAUUUAGUCUAUGAUGCAUCCCAAGCCACAGCACUUAUGUGCACGAACGUGGUAUCGUACGUCCUACUCACAGAACACAGAUCGGGCUGUACUAUGAAGCAACUGCAGGCCAGUGUGGAGAACCGCGGUCAGAAACUUAGCCAGGCCGGCCGCGACCUCGGCUACACAGGAGACACCCCUGCCUUGGUGCACCACGCUCUGGACAUGUUGGGCCGCGGGCUAGUGAGGCGGGAAGGCAGCGGGGACAAACAGGUCAUCAAACCGCAGCUUUCCAUAGCGGCCUCCAUAGAGCUUGGGUACUACGCGAACACUGUGGGGGCACAUUACGCGCCUGCUGCUAUUAUGGCGACAGCAUUAGAGAGCAUUCUCCACCAGCCGGGCGCGGACCACCAGUGCGUGCGGCACACCGAAUUGCUCGACACUGCGCUGCAACUGUGCGAGGUGCUGCAACUGGAGUUCAUCCUUGCUGCGCCUUGCACGCGCCUGCGAGAGACCAUGCUGCAAGCGCUCGACGCGCUCAUACACGCGCAAGUGUUACGCGCUAACGAGAAAGUGGACGGUAUAGAGGAGCAGCGGUGGUCGCGGCGUUUCGCGGCGCGCCUCGAGGACGACGACGAGGAGCGGCCCGACCCCACCGCGCACCUGCGGUAUACCGUCGGCCACGAUGCAGAAGCCAUUGCUGAACGCCGCCGCCUAGUGCUGACGAUCCGGCCGCUACUAGAAGCGUACUCGAGCACGUGCCGCGCGCUGUCGGGCACGGGCGGCUCGCAGAAGGAGCUCGUCAAACGCACGCUCGACCAGCUGGCCAACGACUUCACGCAGAACCGCAUGCCCUACGGCGAAGCGGUGUCUACGGACGCGAUUCGCAACUGCCACCGGCUGUUACGCCAAUGGGGCGUGCUAGAGAUGUACGAGGAGAAUAAAACUCGUUGCAUCCGCCUCGCGCCGCCCUACACAGAAACCGACGCAUUGCAACGCGUCGUCCACAACAUACACAAGUUCAACGUCGACGCCGCCAUCUUGCGCGACAAGUGAAGUGACCAGUGAAGUGCUGACUAGUAACGUGACGUAGUGCGGCGCUAACAGUUUAACGUGGCAGCCGGCUGGCGCGACUAGUGAAGUGCUAAAUCAAAUCACCUACUGCGACUAGUGAAAGGCCACCAAAUUAUAAUUUCUUGGCGGUAUCCAGCCAUCCUGCUAGUGAAGUGAGUGUGCGACUAGUGACUGUGAUCCAGUGAUCGGACGAGCGGGUCUCGACGCCGAAAUAACUGAGUGCGCGUUUUACAUAUCAGGUUUCUUUUUAGUCCAAAACGGUUCAGUAGGCCUAAGAUGCGCGGCCGUGAUAACUUUUAUCGACGUCAAAAUGUAUGGGCAAAAUCGAUAAAAUGGCGUGAUAACCGCUUAUCGUGGCGCGCAUCUUAGGCCUACAGGUCUCGUACCCACAAUUGAUUAGUUGGACUCUAAACGAACUUUCCAAAGGAAAAUUUACAGAUUGUUCGUACAUUUGAACAGCUGAGGUGUAUUGUUAAUACAAUGCUGUAUUAUCAUGAAAAGUUUCCCUAAACUCUGCACCUUGAUGAAAAUUUAGCUAUGUAUUGGAAUGUAAUUAUAGUUGUUUUUCUGCUAUGUGAUGUAUUUUUCCGUUAAAAUAUUUUUACAGUUAUUAUUGAGUACAAUGACAAUGGUUCACGAAAUAUUGUAUGAUGAGGAGAAAUUUAAUAGUGUUUUGUGUGAGAUUCACAAAGCCCCUAUAUUUUUCCAACAAAUAGUGAAUGAAAGCGUUGUUAAUACCAUGUAAAUUACUCAACAAAGCGUGUUAAGAGAUGGACAACUGUUGGGCUUGUUAUAUUUUAAGUUAGUCUAUUAAUUUAAAAUGUAUCAUUACAGAUUGGCCAAUAUAAUAUUGUGUGUCUUGCCAUCUGUAUUGACUGAUUCAUAUUGUUUGGUUUCCUGACUGUAUGUAUGCCUUUUAAAUCAGACAUAGUCUGUAUUUUAUAAAAAUGCUCACUGGUGCUAUACAUACUAAGAUAGUAUAAUAUGCAGAUAUAUUUUAAAGAAUCGCAUAAAAACAAAAGGAUUUUUAUUACAUAUUUGGUAAUUUUAGUAGAUCCUCUGUAUUUGGAGUUAUUUUAUAUAUUACCCAAAUAUAUUUACUUACUUUUUUUUAAAUUUCAAAUCCAUGACAUUCUGCAUAAUAUCAUUAACUCAUGCUAACGCAUUUACUCUGGUAAAAUGAGUACAGUCAGAAAAAUAUAUCCAUGCAAAUAAAUUACAAUUAUUCAUAAGCGAAAUCAUACCACAAUGACAACGAUGGGAAUGUCUAAAUAUCAUAUAGUAACUGCUUAGUUCAAAGAGAACGAAAUCCCAUGUAAUUUUGACAAAAUAUUUUGAGUAAAUUUUUAUUUAAAAUAAUUUUAAGUAUUGAAAGCUUCAUGUAACUUUUUGUAGCAGUCGCAUUAGAAAUUGUAAUGGGAUUUUGGGAUUAUAAUAUAGAUUAAAAUUGCUCAAAGAUUGGAGCCAAAUAUGUAUAUUAUUAGUAUUUAUUUACCUUAUUGAUCUGUGAUGCUGUUGGUGUAAUAUUUUUUAACGUAACGUGUAGCAAACUUACCGUGCGUAUUUUGUAUGUCUAAGUGAUCUCAUGAUUGCAGUGAAUGUAUCUAAAAAUACGUAGCAUUUUCGUAACUAGAUAGUGGAGUAAACCCCAGUGGUGAUAUCUAAUUUUAACUUGAGGAAGAAAAAUGGAGAAGAUUCAUUUUAGUUAGCAGCUAAUGCAUUUAUUUUCAUAUGCAGCUAUAAAAAAACUAUUUUUUCUAUGGGAAAUGUUUUAUUUCGUAGAUAUGUACAGCCUUUGGGUCUCCACUGUGAGUAGUUCACAUAUAAGAGGGAAUUACGUUUGUAAAUGAUGUUACUCCUAUUAUUCGGAUCAGCUCCCUGUUCUUAAACGUGAAAACAGUAUGUAUAGUGAAAUAUGUGUAGUAAUACUACUGGCACACAAAAAGUUUACUGUUCUAAGAUAUAGUUAUCAUAUUAAAUUUUUCUACUUUAAAAUACUCCGAUAGGAUCAUAUUUAUAACAAUAUUUAUAUCUUUGUUUCUGUAUUCCAACAAGAACGAAGACUUAAGUUGAAUAAACACAUAAAAGUA